AGCUGGUCAUAGUUUUUGGUGCUAAAAUUAAUUUUAUGAACUCUGCAAUAAAAAUGGCAAAGAAGGUAUGCAUCAUUGGAUCAGGGAACUGGGGUUCCGCAAUUGCAAAGUUAAUUGGAAGAAAUGCUGCCGCAUAUGACACUUUCCACACCAGAGUGAAUAUGUAUGUAUACGAAGAGGAAAUAAAUGGAGAAAAACUGACUGAAAUUAUAAAUACAAGGCAUGAAAAUGUCAAGUAUUUGCCAGGACAUAAAUUGCCUGAAAAUGUGGUUGCAGUUCCUGAUCUUGUAGAAGCUUCUAAGGGGGCUGACAUGCUUGUCUUUGUUGUUCCGCAUCAGUUUAUUCGUGGUCUUUGUAAAACCAUUCAAAGCAACAUAAAACCUGGUGCCAUUGGUAUCUCACUUAUUAAGGGUGACAUCUCUAACGUGUUACCCCAACUUUUGAAAACCAUAAAAAAUUCCAUUCCUAGGAUGGUAAAUUACCCAAAACAAGAUUUUGACAGUCAGCAAACGGGCAUGGACCACACUGACAAAGGUCUUCAGUUGAUCAGUGAUGUUAUUCGUAAAGCUCUGAGCAUGGAUGUCUCUGUACUGAUGGGGGCUAACAUUGCUAGUGAAGUUGCUUCAGAGGAUUUCUGUGAGACAACUAUUGGUUGUACUAAAGAAGAGAAUGGCCAGUUGUUCAAAAAACUGCUCCAAACUCCUAAUUUCCGAAUCUGUGUUGUGCAGGACCCUAACACCGUUGAAAUAUGUGGAGCACUGAAGAACAUCAUAGCAUGCGGAGCUGGAUUUGUAACUGGGAUGGAAUUAGGCGACAAUACAAAGGCAGCCGUGAUCAGACUUGGGCUUAUGGAGAUGAUGAAGUUUGCAAAGGCUUUCUUUCCAGACAGCCCACCGGAGAUUGCGACAUUUUUUGAAAGUUGUGGAGUGGCUGAUUUGGUCACGACAUGUUAUGGUGGACGAAACAUGAGAGUGUCUAGAGCUUUUGUGAAGGAAAAUAAGCCCAUCGAAGUCUUGGAAGCAGAAAUGCUAAAUGGUCAGAAACUACAAGGCCCUGAAACUGCCCGCGAAGUUUAUAAAGUUCUAAAAACCUUGAACAUCGAUGAAUCUGAAUAUCCACUGUUCGUGUCUGUAUACAACAUCUUCUUCAAUAAACAUCCCGUGCCAAGCUUUAUUGAGUGUCUGCAAAAUCAUCCAGAGCAUAUGUAAAAGUUCACCACCCCCUCACUUCAAAUAUGCAUUUUAGUGUAAAAAUACGGACCGUUCGCUUUUUUUGAAACGUUUUCUAUACCCUUGACGUUUAAAGUUUAAGUUUAAAUACAUUUUCCAAACGAAUACAAA